GCCAAAAAAUCUAGGGCCAGGAAUGAUAACUCUGCAAGAAGAGGAAUUUGCAGAAUUUGCAGUCUCUGGCGGAUUGAUAUGACAGAACUAAUGGGGAAUAGAAUGAAGGGUUCUGGUGGCAAAGAUAAGGCAGUCAAACAAACAGCUGCUUCAAAACAACCAGAUGUUGAUGUAGAUUUGGAAGUGGGAUCCAAGAGUAUAGUAUUGACUGAACCAGCUUCAAAAUCCAGUGUGAAUGUUUCACCUACCAGUAGCCAUGGUAGUGGAAGUCCUGAAAGUAAUAGAAAACAGGAUUAUGCAAACCACAGGGUGUCAUCAAAUAAUGUUCUAGUAAAUUCAGCUACAGGCAUUGAUAAGAAUGUAAAAGUAACAGAAUCAUAUUCUGGAACUGAUAGUUGUAAAAUUAAACUGUUAAUGAAAUCACAGGAUUCAUAUAAAGACAAAGGGGAACUCCAAAAGAAAUGUGACUAUGUGAAUGAGAUAUCUGAACUUACAGCAGGUAUUGGUGAGAGAAAGGAAGCAAAUAUUAAAACAGGCAGUGUAGAAAUAAAAGGAAGGGAACCAGCUAAAUCUGAAAAUUUUCAUGGACUUAAUGGCACAAUGAAAACAGAUAUGACUGAAUCUGAUCUGAAAAGUUCUUGUUUGGAAAAAGAAAGACUUAAACCAAAAGAUAUUGCUCUUAAAGUAGACAAAAAUGAAGAAAAGGUUGUCAUAAAAAAAGAUUCUAGAGACAAGCUUUUGAAAAAUAAAGUAUUCAAUACACAGACUGGUUACCACAUUCCUUGUGAGUACGACAAUAUAUUACCUAGAACGGUAGAACUUGAAGCGGAUGAAAAACUGAAACACUUGAUUGAGACUUCGAACUCAGAAGAAAAAAACUUGACUGAGAAAUUAUUGAGUAUAACCAAAAUAAUUAGAGGCCAGUCUGGUGAGACUCUGCAUUCAGAGCUGUAUAUAGCGGCAUUGAUAAAACACAGGUUUACACAGAAAUUUGAACAAUACCUUACCUUCAGUGGUAUUAAUACAAUUUCAGAAUUAAAUUCUUUGGAACAUAAUGAAGGGAAAAGACACUGGCCUACCGUGAAAAGAUUUCUGAUGCUGAUUUGGAUUGCUUGUGAUGAAAGUGUAAAUUUUUGUCAGCAUACCCUGACCUCACAUUUAUUCCAAAUCUUGCAAACGGAUCUGAAAAAACUGUGUUUUUCCAAGUAUGCUGAUUCAGAAAUUGAAACUUUUACCGUAAAAGCUAUUCUUGGGAUUUUACAUAACAUUUGCAGACAUGUCCCAAAUGGAAAAUGGAAAUUAAGAAAUGAUGGACUUGUGUCUGUGGUGAGACUUUUCCUUGAUAGUGAGGUACCAAUGAUCAGGUUGAAAUCGCUCAUCAUUUUGUCUUAUAUUCUGAGCGAAGCAGAAAAUGAAAUGAUAAAUUCCGAUGAUGACAAUUUCAUGUUCAUUUUCAAAGUUUUAGGCGACGCUCUUCAGUCUGCAAGUCAUAAGUCGAGUAAAUAUGGUAUGAGUGUUGUAGAAAUCAUGAAGGGGCUGGACAAUCUGGCGAUCAACGAUGAAAAUAAGAUCCGAAUAGUGAGGAAUGGAGGACUGGCGUUGUUUCAGGGAAUCCUAGAAGAAGGCAGUCAUGAUGAAGUUAAAGUUACCAUAACAACUCUAUGGAGUUUGGCUUUUCACCACUACAAUAAAGUGAAAAUGAGGGAAAUGCCAAAGAUCAUGUCAAAGUUGUAUGAGUUACAGCAUUGUAGGGAUGAGGAGAUAUGUCACGCAGCUAGAGGCACGUUCUGGGAACUAGAGAACAUAUCAAAAUCGUCCAUAGGCUCUUCUGUAUCAUCGUCGUUGUCCGCAGGUUUGUAUAGAAUACUGUAUCGUUUCCAGUGGGAUUCCCAGGCCGUAAUGAUGAAGGUCAAGGACAGACUGAGGCAUGCUGGGUAUAAAGUAUGGAUGGAUAUAGAACAUAUGACUGGAUCAACAUUAGAGGCAAUGGCUCUAGCAGUAGAGAAAGCGGCUGUUGUGUUAGUGUGUAUGUCUCAGAAAUACAAGGACAGCCCUAACUGUAGGACAGAGGCUGAGUACGUGUACAGAUUACGGAAGGAUUUUGUUCCCUUGCGUCUUCAGCGAGAGUAUAUACCAGAUGGUUGGCUGGGAAUCCUUGUUGGAACUCGCCUGUAUUUUGAUAUCUAUUCCGAAGACCAGUUAGAUGUCCAAGUUCCGAGAUUGAUUAGAGAGUUGCGUGACAGAGGAAAAAUUAGCCCUUCACUAGAUCAGCCUGACCGUUUGCCAAUAGUUCCACAGAGAAUGACGUCGCGAGAAGCUGUGCCUAUACUGCACCACCCAGCCAGUCCCACUGUUAGUAGCUGGACACCUGUAGAUGUUAAACAGUGGGUUGGAUCUAUUGGUCUAAAUUACUUUGAACAGAAUUUUGAGCAGAUUGAUGGACUGCUCCUACUGGAAAUACAGAAAAUUCAAGAGACAGCACCAGAGUACUUUCACAACAUUCUCCGAGAGGAUUUUGGUAUGCCUGUUACUGAAGCCCUUAAGCUGUCCAGACAUCUUCGACAGUUGACUUGAGUAUAUUGUCUAUUAGAUAGUUUAUUAGAUAGGUUAAUUAGCAUAUUGAUAUCGAAACAGGAGAUGUUUAUGAAAUUAAUUAGGAUAACAUAGAUAUAAUGCAAUGUAUAGAAAAGUUACUUGCCAGAUUAAAGGUAACAGAUAACUUUUCCCAAUGAGUUACAUUUCAAAGUAGUCAUAUCUCAUAGCAGUAUAAUAUGUAUUUCUUAAAACUAUCAUAUUUACCAUAAAUGCCUUGACAUAAUGUUGCAAACUAAAGUGAACGUCAACUGCAUUCACCUUUGUAUUGAUGUGUGGUAAGGUUUUAAAAUUAGUUAAAAGAUAUUUCUUCAAUUUUUCCCUUAUGAAUGGAACAUUGAAAUUUUCUUAAUUUGUUUUUAUAUAUAUUUUUUCUUUACAGCAGCACAAUCAUAAAUGAUUUUGAUGGAACAUUAUUAUAACUGAAAUGUAGGUAGAAUACUGUCCCUCUAAUCAGUCACUUUAUUAAUGCUGAUGAAAUGUGUUAGAUGUAGUAUUGUUUAUAAAAAUAUGAGAAAUACAUGUAAGCCUACAGGACAUUAUUCAGUGAAUUCUUAAGUUAGCAUGCUGUUUUAGUGAUUUUGUCAUUUUGUAAGGCUUCACUCACCAUGAACAUAUGUAUCGGACAGAGUCUGCAUUUGGAUCUUCUUGUUUAGGGGCCUCCUUGGCCGAGCGGUUAAGGUCACUGACUUCAUAUUACAUGCCCCCAUCGAUGUGGGUCCGAGCCUCACUCAGGGUGUUGAAUUCUUCAUGUGAGGAAGCCAUUCAGUUGGCUUACGGAAGGUCGGCGGUUCUAGUAGCUACCCAGGUGCCAGCUUGUGAUGAAAUAAUGCACAGAGGGGCACAUUGGCUCUUCCCCCCACCAUCAAAUUGGAAAGUUGCCAUAUGACCUAUAAUUGUGUCGAUGUGACAUUAAACCCAACAAAAUAAAAUUGAGCUUGUUAGUAUUUAGAAAUAAAAGUGCGGAAACCCACAGGUCAAGUGAAAAUGUUCUACAGAUUAUUUACAUUGAUUUUACCAUCCCAAAUCAGUACAGUUUUCCUUAACCCUUUGCCUGCUGGCGGCAAUAAUUCUUCCUUUGCGACCAGUGCAGACCAAGAUCAGCCUGCACAUCCGUGCAGUCUGAUCAUGGUCUGCACUGUUCGCUAUUCAGUCGAUAAAUUUUCAGUAAACACCCCUUCGAAUAAUAAAUGAUAUUGCCCAAAUCGAAUGAUGGACCAGUCCAUUAUAGAAAUUUAGCAGGCUAAGGGUUAAUUACCUUUCUUUUGUUAUUUAGGUUCUUGUGUUUAUGUUACAUUUUAACAUUUUUUGUGUUUUUAAAUUGAAUCAUAUACUAAUGUAAUUGAGGCCCCAGGUUUUCAGCAUAAUAUCGGACUGACAGACAGCGAGAGUUCAUAAUUCUUGGCAUAUGACGGACAGAUGGACGGUUGAUUAUAAAGACACUUGUAUUACUCAGUGGGUCUGAAUGUUGGACACUUAGUGAACAACUAAGAAAUUUAUUCUGAUUUAUAUACAUGUAUUUCAUUUUGUAUAUAUUCAAUUAUGAUAAUAUACUGGAUAGAAAUUAAGGAAUUAUAUUUCAGAGAUAUUUAAAGAAUUAUAUUUUAUUUUAUAUAAAUGAUAUUGAAGAUAUAAUAUAUAUACAUGUAUGUGUGGUCGUUUUAAGGUCAACGAUGAUCGUUGAUUGCAUUGCACUAGGUUCAGAUUUACUUGUGAAGGCUAUGCCUUUAUUAUAGGAAUUGUCUAGGGGUACGGAAAUGUAUAUGACCCUUAAUCUCUAGAAAAUCGGAGGUCCGUACGCCUAGGAAACCCCUAACAGGCUUGUCCAGAACCAUAUUCUAGAGGUAUUGAUCUGUACCCUUUAGACAAUUACCUUAUUUUACUUAGUGGUGCAAUAUCUAACCGACCGAUAUACUAUUGUGUCACGGUAUAUAUGCGGUUCUAGGUAGAACAUAUUACAAAUGAUUGGUUAAUCAAGACAUAAACAACUUCUCAGACGAAUAUAAAUACACUAACCAAUAAAAAAAGAGAAUUACAUUGUUGUUAAAUUUUAACCAAUGACAAAAGACGUAUUCGAAUUAGGGACAUUUCGGACCAUGAACAUUUUGGCCCUGGCAUUUCGGACCAUAUUAUGGGACAUUUCGAACCGUGAUUUUGAGACACUUUGGACCAUAUAAUGGGACAUUUUGGACCAUGAUUUGGGUCUUUUCGGACCAAGGUAAUAGAAAAUAUGGACCACAUCAACAUGAUUGAUAAUAAUUGUAUAAGAUUAAAGAAAAUACUACGAGUAGAUAACACAAGAAAGAAAUAAUACUAGUAAUUUCAUAUUUUAUUUUAUAUCUUUAAAAUAACCUAAUGGUAACAAUUUUAAAUAUUUACAUACAUGAUAAAACAUUUAAAUAUAUAUAUAGCAGUGAUUAGCCUGUCGGAGCCGGAAUUGCUCAUCAUAAGUUUUCCAGGCAUUGGACUGAAAGUGUUUCCCAGCAUCCCUAAUGACAGACAUAUUUUAGCAGUUCUGUGCUCUUUUCAGGAUAUUUGGAAGUAAUUAUGCUAGCAAAAAUAAUAAAAGAAUCAGUCCAUUCCUCGAUACUCCGAACUGUCUGUCUUGAAGUUUGAGGCCUUGUUUCUAUGCCUCCUUUAUUAUGCCCCCCUUCGAAGAAGGAGAGGUAUAUUGUUUUGCAGACGUUGGUCGGUCUGUCGGUCGGUCGGUCGGAAUGUAGACCAAUCCGUUUCUGGAUGAUAACUCAAGAACGCUUGGGCCUAGGAUCAUGAAAGUUGAUAGGGAGGUUGGUCAUCACUUGCAGAUGACCCCUAUUGAUUUUUAGGUCUGUAUGUCAAAGGUCAAGGUCACAGUGACACUGAAUAAUAAAACGGUUUCCGGAUGAUAACUCAAGUACACUUGGGCCUAGGAUCAUGAAAGUUGAUAGGGAGGUUGGUCAUCAUCAGCAGAUGACCCCUAUUGAUUUUGAGGUCUGUAUGUCAAAGGUCAAGGUCACAGUGACCCUGAAUAGUAAAACGGUUUACGGAUGAUAACUCAAGAAGACUUGGGCCUAGGAUCAUGAAAGUUGAUAGGGAGGUUGGUAAUGACCAGCAGAUGACCCCUAUUGAUUUUGAGGUCAGUAUGUUAACGGUCAAGGUCACAGUGACCCUGAACAGUAAAACAGUUUCCGGAUGAUAACUCAAGAACGCUUAGGCCUAGGGUCACGAAAGUUGAUAGGGAGGUUGGUCAUGACCAGCAGAUGACCCCUAUUGAUUUUGAGAUCAGUAUGUCAAAAGGGCAAGGUCACAGUGACCAGGAACAGUAAAAUGGUUUCCAGGCAAUAACUCAAGAACGCUUGGGCCUAGUGUCAGGAAAAUUGAUAGUUAGGUUGGCCAUGACCAGCAGAUGACCCCUAUUGAUUUUGAGGUCAUUAGUUAAAAGGUCAAAGUCACAUUGGCCAGGAACAGUUAAAUGGUUUCUGAUUUUCUUGUCCAAAACCAUAGGGCCUAGGGCUUUGAUAUUUGGUAUGUAGCAAAAUGUAGUGGUCCUCUUCCAAGAUGAUUUAAAUUUUUUCCCUGGGGUCAAAUAUGGCCCUGCCCCGGGGGUCACAUGUUUUAUAUAGACUUAUAUAGGGAAAAACUUUGAAAAACCUCUUGUCCAAAACCACAGGGCCUAGGGCUUUGAUAUUUUGUAUAUGACAUCAUCUAAUGGUCCUCUACUAAGAUUGUUCAAUCUAGGGUCAAAUAUGGCUCCGCCCUGGGGGUCACAUGGUUUACAUAGACUUAUAUAGGGAAAAACUUUUAAAAUCUUCUUGUCCAAACCACAAAGACUAUGGCUUUGAUAUUUUGUAAUGUAGCACCAUUUAUUGGUUCUCUACCAAGUUUGUUCAAUUUAUCCCUCUAGGGUCAAAUAUGGCCCCGCCCUAGGGGUCAUAUGGUUCAUAUAGACUUAUAUAGGGAAAAACUUAGAAUCUUCAUGUCCAUAACUUACAUCAUUCAAAUUUGGACCACUUGUUUAGUUUUGAGUGGCAAGGUGAACCUUGACAUGAGUUGACCUUGAUCUUGACCUUGUGACCUACUUUCACAUUUCUGUAGCUACAACCUUCAAAUUUGGACCACAUGCAUAGGUUUGUGUACCGAAAAAUACUUUGACCUUGUUAUUGACCUAGUGACCUACUUUCACAUUUUUGAAGGUACAGGCUUCAAGAACACUCUGUAAUCUAUUGUUAGGUUAAUAGGUUAAAGGUCAAGGUCAGAUUAAACCAGAAUGGUAGAACUUUUGUUUACAGUGAGCAUAUAAUUUCUGUUCCUUGUGUAAUUACUGAAUGCAUCAAGGUUUUAUUUCGAUGUAAAUGAGAUGUGGAACCAAAAUUUGUAGUCCUGUUUGGUGCCAUAUAACCUAUACUGUGUUGGUGUGCCGUAAAACCCAAAUAAAUAAAUAAAUAAGAAUGCAUCAUGGGGGGCAUUUCGUGUUCGACGAGCUCUUGUUAUUAAGGUGGAGGGAAUGGAAUGGAACAUCUCAGACAGCUCAGUGCUGCCUUUCAAUAAUAUUGCUAGGUUAACAUAUUGAAAUGCCAGAAUUUUGUCUUUAAGUAGUUGUGGGAUGUGUGCUGCGAUUUCAUCCCCCACCACACCGGAUUGCUCCUAAUUCAGGCAAAUUAUCUUGAGCCUGGGCUAUAUUUUGAAAAAUACUAUCAAAAUGAAUUAUGCCAGAAGGCCUUAAAUCAUUACCAUCCUUGGAUUUUUCUGCCUCAUGUUCUAGUGAUAGGAUCUCGAAUGGGAAUUUUGGCCUCUUUCUUUGAUUACUGGUAGAAUCUUCUGCAUCUUCCUCAUCUGGAGCUGUGUGUGGCCUCUUCUGUGGUCUCUUUCCCUUUCCCGUAUCAGGCAUUUUUAUGCCCCCGGCAUCAAUUGAUGCGGGAGGCAUAUAGUGAUUGUCCUGUCCGUCCGUCCGUACGAGGUUAACGAAGUGGGACCGUUUCGUCUAGCAUCAAUACCCCUUACUAGAAUGACUUGAUACUAAUGAAGAUGUAACCUGUCGACAAGGAUGCCACCGGGGGCAUCAAACGUUUUUUGGACGCAGCUUUUUGUUUUCAGAUAUCUUGGAUUUGUAAAUUUUGUUAUCAACUAGUGGGGCCUCCGUGGCCGAGUGGGUAAGGUCGCUGACUUCAAAUCACUUGUCUCUUAUCGAUGUUGGUUCGAGCUUCACUCGGGGCGUUGAAUUCUUCAUGUGAGGAAGCCAUCCAGCUGGCUUACGGAAGGUCGGUGGUUCUACCCAGGUGCCCGCUCGUGAUGAAAUAAUGCACAGAGGGGCACCUGGGGUCUACCUCCACCAUUAAAGCUGGAAAGUUGCCAUAUGAUCUAUCAUGUGUCGGUGCGACGUUAAAUCCAAAAAAAAAAAAAAAAUAUCAACUAGUGGAAUUGUUGUACCCCCGACAACAAAGUUGUAAGGGGGGUAUACUGGUUUCAGGUUGUCUGUCUGUCUGUCCGUCUGUCCGUAGACACAAUCUUGUGCGCUCCAUCUCUCCUCAUCCCCUUGACAGAAUUUAAUGAAACUUCACAGAAGUGAUCAGUAACAACAGUAGUUGUGCAUGGGGCAUGUUAGGUUCUUUCAGAAAAAAAAUUGCAGAGUUACGGGACUUUGUUUUUUGUUACUAUACUAUAUACAUAGACACAAUCUUGUGCGCUCUAUUUCUCCUCAUCCCCUUGACAGAAUUUAAUGAAACUUCACACAAGUGAUCAGUAACAAUAGUAGUUGUGCAUGGGGCAUGUUAGGUUCUUUCAUAAAAAAAUUGCAGAGUUACGGGACUUUGUUUUUUGUUACUAUACUAUAUACAUAGACACAAUCUUGUGCGCUCCAUUUCUCCUCAUCCCCAUUGACAGAAUUUAAUGAAACUUCACACAAGUGAUCAGUAACAACAGUAGUUGUGCAUUGGGCAUGUUAGGUUCUUUCAGAAAAGAAAAACUGCAGAGUUACGGGACUUUGUUUUUUGUUACUAUACUAUAUACAUAGACACAAUCUUGUGCGCACCAUAUCUUCUUAUCCCCUUGACACAAUUUAAUGAAACUUCACAAAAGUGAUCAGUAACAACAGUAGGUGUGCAUGGGGCAUGUUAGGUUCUUUCAACAACAAAAAUUGCAGAGUUAUGGGACUUUGUUUUUUCUUAACAUACUAUGUACAUACAGUCUGCAUAUGCAGUUUUGUGCGCGCCUAAUCUUCCGAACAUUUGCACAUAAUUUCAUGAAAUUUCACACAAGUGAUCAGUACCAACUCUAGUGGUGCAUGGUGCAUGUUACGUUCUUUUAGAUAAAUACUCUGCAUUGUUAUGGGACUUGUUUUUUGUUACUAUACUGUAUACAUACAGUUUGUAUACAUACAGUCCACAUAAUUAUGCUAUCUUGUGUGUGUCGAAUUGCAAUGUACUGUGUUAGUGCAUGCGGGGGGUACAUUCAUCACCUUUAGUGAUAGCUCUAGUUUUUUUUCUAGCAGUCUUGGAGAGGAAGCUGUGAUGCAUUGUGGGAAAGUAUCCCACAAUGCAAUUACCUUCUGACCAUGUGACCAAUCUGUUUUAGGUUCUCUGGAGUCUAUUUAUAGAUUCCUGAGAAUUUCUACUGGUCUCUCUUUUCGGACAGCUUUCUGAAAGCAGGUGGAAUGUCUUCUGCUGGCAGGAGCGGAAGUGCUAAGACCUUUCGCAGAAGGUGGUACACACUGUCUUGGAUUUCAUAUGUAGGCUGAAAAGAUACAUGCCAAAAUAUAUAUUAACUUACAUUUAGGUGACAGAUUUUAAAAGAAAAAAAAAAGGUUUAUUUACUGAUAUCGAAGAACAAACUAAUGGUAAUCUAAUAUUUAAUGUAGUGUAUGGUAAAGGUACUCACUUGCACUUAUCACAAGUAAUUGCAUGCUGUAAAGGACGCACAAUAUUACUACAUUCGAUACACUUAUCAGAUUCAGACAUUGUCACUUAUCAAACCAAUCACAAAUAAAACUAUAUUUAACUAUAUUCCAAAUAAUCACGUAUAUUGUAACAUUGUUUUAUGAAAUGAUAUUGCAUUAGUUAUUUGGGGUUAUUAUGUAUUCUAGCAGCUGAAGUUAUACUUAACAAAAACCUGUUGUUAAGAACAGAACUUAAAACAAGUUAAUCCAUUUUGCUCUGUCUCGAAUAUUUUCCACAGAUGGUCUGGCACUUGCUGUGGUUCGGGCUCUGCUUUUGAGGCUAACUGUCUGAAGCUCUGAAAUUGAAAUCUAGAUAAAGCAUCACAAAUGGAAUUAUCUGCGCCACUAACAUGUUUUGACUUUAUAGCAAUAUUACGUUUCAGACACUGCAUUGUUACAUUUCUGACUAAUGUCAUGACUCUCUCCGAUUUUGAGGUCAUUGUGUUAAUAAUAUGUACAACUGCCAUGUUGUCUGAGCGGAAACAUAUCUUUUUAUUAGAGAGCUGUUCCCCCCAAAUAAUUAUUGUCACUUAUAUAGGAAAUAAUUCAAGGACUGUGAUAUCUUUUGUUAUAUUAUGUCCAUGCCAUGAUGUAGGCAAUGCAGCAUAUGCCCGUUUCCUAGCAAAAUAAAGACCAUAACCUAAGCCAGUACCAGCUGCACUGUCGGAGAAGAGCUCUAUUUCAUCAUUAUUCAGCCAAAACCUAUCAUGGAAAACUGUGACACCAUUGAAUUUUUGGAAGAAUUUUUUUCCACGACCUUGAAUCAUUUUUCAUUCCUUUCUUCAAUCUAAUGCGAUGGUGUGGUUUUAUAAGGCCACAUAUCGCAUUGAUUAACCUACAAAAUGGACGGCCUGGAAUGUAACUCUACAUGCAAAAUUUAAGGUACCUAUCAGACUCUUAAAGUUGCCUUUUCUUCCAAAAGUAUUGCUUCAAUAUGACUGAGAAUUUCUUUUACUUUUUCCAUUUGUAGCCUUACUUCCAUUUUCUGAUAACCAAGCUCUAAACCCAAAAACACAAUGACCGUGACUGGACCUUCCGUUUUUCCUCAGUCAACGGCACCCCUAACACUUGCAUGCAUGAUUUGAAAGUUGACAUUAAAGUGUAACAGCCAUCACUUUUAGCUUUGUCCCCCCACCCCCACCAGAAAGUCAUCCAAAAGUGCAAGAGAUUUUUAUUAUUUGCUUUUCGUCGUACGCAGAAUUCCAAGAAAGUGGCAAAUUUUUCAAAAGUGCUACAGCUAAUUGAACAGCCAAACGGCAUACAUUUAUCGAAAAAAUAUUUGUUGUCAAAUUUAAAGCCAAGUUGAUCAAAAUCUGAAGGCCUAACAGGCAAAAGUCUGAAAGCUGAUUGCACAUCCAUUUUAAAUAGUAAACAGGUCUUGCACCAAAUGGACUGCUUCAUCAGAGUGAGUGUACUGAACAGAACAGUGACUUUGAAUAAUGAAGCCAUUGACAGAAUUUCCUUCUGGGUAUAAUAAAUGAUGUUCAAGACGAUAUUUGUUUGGGGUUUUCUUCGGCACUAUUGGAGAUGCCCUGAGAGAUUCGAUUGGACAGAGUUCAAAGGGUCUAGCAACUCGACCAGCCUCCAUUUCCAUAUUUAUUUUUUGACUGGGUUUAAAUUUGCGGACUUUAAAUUUCUUGCUUCUGACCUUAUUCUUGUGCCUUCAUAAUGUAAUUGGAAACCUUUCCUCUAAAUAAUCAGCAUCAGUAUGGUUAUAAAAUGCCAGCUCUUUUUCCAAUGCAACCAAGUUUACUGAUGAAAUAGCCUUACUGUUUAUU